AUGUCUUCCAACAUCGUCGAUCAACUUCAAUUCGGUGCUGCCACUGCUUCUUUGGGCUUUUCCUCAAAAUUCACUUUAGAGGACAAGUUCAAUGCGAUCCAGAAUGCAGGAUUCAAGUAUUGUGAGGUAGGAUUUGGAGGUUACGUAGAAUGGGUCAGACAGAAGCUCCCGGAACUCCCUGCCUCUACCUGUCCUGAGGAGUACGGCGAAGGCGGAGAACCCGACCCAUCGGAUGAGGAAUUGUGGCAAGCUUUGUAUGGCAAAGCAGAGGACUUGAAAGCUUUAGCCGCUAGUCACGGCCUCACAAUCCUGGUACUUCAGCCACUGAACCAGUUCGAGGCAUGGACACCUGGAAGUGAAAGACAUCAAUGGUGCAGAAGAAAGGCCGAGAAAUGGCUACCCUUGUGUUCCAAACUUGGGGUACAGCAUUUACAAGUGGGAUCCAAUGAUAAACCUGAAGCCAAUGCAACAUUCGAGGAUAUAGGCAGAGAUCUCAACUGGCUUGCCGAGCUUGGCGCCAAACAAAACCCGCCAGUGAAGAUCGCAUACGAGAGUUGGUGUUUCGGAGAAAGAUUGGCUAGCUGGGAGGACACCUGGAAAUUGGUGCAGCUCGGUGAUCACCCUAAUCUUGGACUGUGUCUGGACACCGCUCAUUGGCCAUUAUCUCCGAUUUACGGUUACGAUCCCACCACUGGCGAGGGCUUCACUGAUUCGCAAUUCAAAGAAAUGAUCGGCCGGUUGUCUCAGGUCCCAGGAGAGAAAAUCUUCUACGUCGAGCUAUCUGACGUUCUCAAACCAGUCGUCCCUCUAGGGAAAGGUUCUCCAUUUGAUGACUGGCGAGUCAAGGCAAAUUCCCCCAGAGGUGACAGAUUUGUAUGGGCGGUUUGUGGUCGGCCCGUCCCAUUUGUUGGCAGAGAUGCUGGUAGAAAAGUGAAGACCGAAGAUGAUCUGGGUGCUGCCAGGGUAAUGCAGUGUUUCAACACUCUUCUCAAAUGUGGUUUCAAAGGCCCGGUCAUGUGGGAAGUAUUUGAAGCUUUGACAAUGGAACGAGACGAUGAAGACAUCCCAGCAUUAUACGCCAAUGCCAUGGCUAAGUCUAAAGAGAAGCUUAUUGAAGGUAUCGCGAUUUGA